GCCUUGCCCCGUUACCCUCCCCCCUCUUUCGAGGCGCGGACUCCUUGUCGCGCGCCGGGAGGAUGUGGCCAAUUCGGUUGCUCGUGCGACUCGGUCGUUAGUUCUGUCAGCGACCUUCGUUCGUCUGGGACGUCCCAGACACCACCUCGACUCCAUAGGCGUCGAGCGAGGAACCAUCGAGAGCACCCUAUCGACCCCGAAAAUAAAGAAGCUGCCAGGAGCAGUCGUGAGUCUCAAGGUAACUUACCGCGACUGCUGAAUUAAAGGCAGACAAGGCACAAGUUGAUCGAGAACUCAUGUUGGACUUCACGACAAGUCAUCCGAAAACAUUGUCACUGGUGGCUACUGUGUGAACAAAGUGUGGACGGAGUGGCGGUUCCAACAUUACUGCCAUUUGGUCGAAGCUAAAAGAAGAACAAAUUGUGUCCAGGCUAAUCGCUACGCAACCGUGAGUCUGGUGGGAAUGGUAGUGGAUCGUCUGCUGCUUUGUGGCAUCAGAGUAACGUGGAACAUUGAGUUGCUUACACUGAAAACGAAGCUGCGAACGCUUGUAUCCUGACUGCGAAAAAAGAAACAGAUAAGAGAACAGGAAGCGAUAGCGUUGACAACCCUGCCGAAACCCACACAGUGAAAGUCUGGAGCCUGUGACUAGAAAGGCGCCCGCCUUUGAAGAGGCACAAUAACAGGCGAAGGCGCAAAGGACCAAACGCAGGAAGCAAGGGGAAGUGACACUUAAUUAACAGAGUCGCGAAAACGCGAGGGUUAAGACAAGCGAAGGAGGUCGAUUCGCUCAGCUACCUAGGCAACUGAGAUAAACAAAAGCUCCGGGAAGACGAGCGACUCGAGAUACGCGCACGGCUCGGCGCUAAUGUAUGCAGAAGGAAUCGCCGAGCAACGGCAAUAGUCCAAGACACCCCUUCCUGAGAUAGUGGCACUUCAGACGAAAUCUAGGCAUAAAAUCCCGCGCACGCAGAAGGCAGCCGCGAGAUUACAACAAGACCACCGAGACAGUAAGCAAGGAGUUCCAAACAGGACAGUGAAAGGGCAAGGCCGGCCUCUAUACCAAGACAUUGGAGAAAAGGUAAAGGGAGCCACUGAAACUACACGCGAAUGCGCCAGAUCAUAAGGGAAGUAAGGCUGGAGCACCCAACAGCGAACUCUUCCUAGGUGGAAAGAACAGCGAAAGGAGCUGGAGAGAUUACUGAAUAGUCACUGAAAUACGCGCGGGUUAGGCCGAAUCGGAAUAACAGUAGUGAAGUCAUCGCUGUAUAUUAAGGCUGGUCGGCGCGUAUGCAGACCGAGUGAAAACGGAGGCGAAGUCUCACGAAUAAAACAUCCCCAAGAACGCACUCAUCGGGAACUUCAGGGCCGGACGGGGUAAAAAGAAUCAGUUCUUGAGUGACAGACGGCGAAAGCACAUAGACAGAGCGUGAAAUAGGGUCUGCUUACACAACAGCCUCCUUAAGGCACGCCAUUUGCUAAAGAACGCAGCAAAACUAUCACCACAAGCGAACUACAAGAUGGCGGCCGCUCACUUUGCCGUGCUGGACUACGUCGUGCUCGUCGGUUUCCUGGUGCUGUCUGCCGGCAUCGGCGUGUUCUUCGCAUGGCACGACCGCCGGGCAAAGUCCAACAAACACUUCCUGACUGGAAAUAGGGAGCUCAGCUGGCUGCCGGUGUCCAUGUCGAUGAUGGCCAGCUUCCUCUCUUCCAUCGCUAUCCUCGGACUUCCGUCGGAAGUGUUUCUGCGCGGCUCGACCAUCUGGACUGGUGCUAUAUCUUCCAGCCUGGCUGUCCUUGUGGCGGCUUUCGUGUUCCUGCCCAUGUACUACAAAAUGGAUAUCACCAGCAUCAACGAGUAUUUGGAGAAGAGGUUCAUGUCUACCGCUGUAAGAAACAUCGCGUCAGCCGUCUUUAUUGUGCAAACGCUCCUUUACAUGGGCGUUGUGCUCUACGGGCCAUCCUUGGCUCUUGGAUCUGUUACAGGCAUACCGGUAUGGUCCUCCAUUCUCCUGAACGGCGUCGUAUGCACUUUCUACACCGCCAUAGGAGGUAUCAAAGCGGUCGUGUGGACGGACGUGGUUCAGAUGAUUCUCAUUUACGUCGGCUACAUCAUGGUCAUCGCAUCGGGCAUGUACCACUUGGGAGGCAUCGGCAACAUGUGGCACAUCGCCGGUGAAGGAGGCCGGCUUAUUUUCUUCAACUUCAGCCCGAGCCUUUACGACACGUACACCACGUGGAACGUCAUACUCGGCUGGACCAUCGGUUGGAUGGCCGCCUACUGCGCCAGCCAGACGCAGGUGCAACGCUACUCCAGCAUGAGGUCGCUCAAACGAGCACGCAGGGCACUGCUGCUCAAUAUCCCCGGCGUGGCCAUCACCCUGCUGCUGUCCGUACUCUCCGGGCUAACCAUCUACGCCGUGUACCGGGACUGCGACCCGAGGCUCACUGGAGACAUUGACAAAGCCGAUCAGCUGAUGCCGUACAUUGUGCAAGACCUGCUGCGGAACUACCCGGGACUCAGUGGCCUCCUCGUCGCUUCUGUCUUCAGCGGUUCCCUAAGCACACUUUCGUCGGGCUACAACGCCCUGGCAGCCGUCACUUGGGACGACUUCGUUCGGCCCCGGGUCAACAUCAGCGAUGGCGCCGCGCUCCGACUCACGAAGGCGAUGGCCGCAGCCUACGGCCUGCUCUCCAUAUCGAUCGCAUUUCUCACCGGUACCAUGGAAUCUAUCAUACAGGCUUCAGCUUCGCUGGUCGGAGCCCUGUCCGGUCCUCUGUUGGCCAUCUUCGUCCUGGGCACUUUCUUCCCUUGCUGCAAGAAAAAGGGUGCCAUCACGGGAAUCGUGGUGGCCAUGGCCACGUCCUGGUGGCUGGCCCUUGGCUCCAUCGUGUACCCGCGCGACGCGGACGACUUGCCCACGUCCACCACCGGGUGCACCGAGUUCAACCAGACCCUCACGGCCGGCUCGUACGACCCGCCGCCGUUACCGAGUGGAAUCUUCCAGUUCUACCACAUCUCGUUCAUCUGGAUCGGCAUCGUCGGCUUCCUCACGCACAUGGUGGUGUCGCUAGCGGUCAGCCUCGUUUUCGAACGCAACGAGAAGGAAGAAGUGAACCCCAAGUACAUCUGCCCGUUCGUACGGCAGUACAUGAGCAACUACGUCAAGAAGGGCACCGACAACGUACUCAAGGAGCCUCUCCCAACAACGAACGGAGUGUCACCGACAGAACUCAAGCGGCUGAUGUCAGAGGACCAAUAAAAAAAUUGAAAAGAAAAAUAGCCGCACCGGCUACA